AUGAUGAAUCCUUUAGACGUGUUGUCAUUAGCAGGAACCAUUAUUCAAUUUGUGGAUUUCAGUUCGAAGGUGUUGGCUGGUACUAAUGAACUAUACAAAUCGGGCGCGGAAGCUUUGGCCGUUCACCAGCAAUUGGGCCUUGUGGUGGAUGAUCUAGCUAAGAUGUCGAAGAGGCUCUCGGAUUCAUACUGGGGCUUAUCUGGGACGGGAGUCAUUUCUACACUGUCAGAUGACGCGUUUAUGUUCAUUUGCAGAGAUGCAUCAGAAUUGUCCAUUGAACUCAAUAAUAAGCUAAGCAGUUUAAAAGUGACAGCCUCUGGCAAGCGUAGGAAAUGGGAAACCGUUAAGCAAGCGCUGAAAUCUGUGUGGACUGAGAAGGACUUGACAGCUUUAACGAAUCGACUGACUUUACUGAGAGAUUCGAUUCAGAUGCAUAUCGUCGUGGAUCUUCGAGAUCAACUCGAUUCGAUAUCGUCAAAUCAAGAAGUUCGCUUCGAUCACCUCGACUAUAGUACGAGGACUAUUAUUACUGCCCUUCUUACACAUCAGGGUGAAGUCAGCAAAGGGAUCCAAGAUCAAACGAUGGCAAUUACCCAGUUACUCGGGAGAAUGGAGAUUCUAGCUGAGAAGCACGCGUUUCCAUCAGGUAUUGUGCAGCAGGUUGACAACAUUGAAGUAAAUCAAAACAAAAGUUUGAUACUCGCUGGAGAAAAAACAUCUCAGAAUCAGGUGCUAAACAAUUCUGAGUGGCACGAAAAGGCACUACGCUUGCAGAUUACUCAAUACCUUGUCCAAAAUUUAAAGUUCCCAGCAUUGAAAGAACGAGAAGAAAUUAUUGCGGAUGUAUAUCGAGGAACAUUCGAGUGGCUCUUCAAUGACAGCCAUGAAUCUACACCGUGGCCUAGCUUUACCCGUUGGUUAGAACAUGGAUCCAAUAUUUACUGGAUCAACGGAAAAGCGGCUUCGGGCAAGUCAACGCUGAUGCGAUUCAUAUGUGAUCACAGUAAAACGAAGGAAUUUUUAGAGAACUGGUCGGCUCCGCUACCCAUCGUCAUAGCCAAGUUUUAUUUUUGGAACAGCGGGACUCUUGUACAAAGGUCUCUAAGCGGUCUUCUUCGAGCUCUUCUUUCCCAGAUUCUGGAACAUUGUCCUGAUCUUCUUCCUGUGUGUUUUCCCCAAAGAUGGGCCAAAAUCUACACUGAUUCGGUUAGACCAUUCUCUGAAGUAAACCAAAAGUUUCAUUCAAUGGAAAUGGAGUACUGGAGUUUAACCGAAUUGCAGGCCGCAAUGCGGAGUCUCGUAAGCCAAAGCCCACAACACUUCAAACUUUGUUUGUUCGUUGAUGGUCUUGACGAAUAUGAGGGAGAACCUUCAGCUAUUACCAAAUACUUUAGCGUGCUCGCUCAGGUACCGUGGCUGAAAAUAUGCGUCUCCAGUCGUCCGUUACUUGUAUUCGAUGAUGUUUUUGGAUCUGGGCCAUCAUUGCGGCUACAGGAUCUCACAAGUACCGAUAUUAACCAUUAUGUCAAGUCAAGUCUCCAAGAGAAUGUCAACUAUCAACACUUAUGCGUCGAACAGCCCAUUGAAGCACUAACUCUGAUCAGAAAUAUUGUAUCGCGAGCAGAUGGUGUUUUCUUGUGGGUUAGACUUGUACUACAGGAGAUUGUGAGAGGUCUUGACAAUAGAGAUAGCCUGCGAGAUUUGCAAGAACGUAUGGAAAUAGUGCCGCAAGACCUGGAGGAACUAUUCUCCUCAAUGCUUGAAAAAAUUGAGCCCUUCUAUCGCAAGAAAGCUGCAUCAAUUUUCCUUAUUGUCCGAGCGGCAAACGUCCAUCAGAGGAGUGUUAAAUCAUUGGACACACUUAUGCUGUCAUUUGCUCUUGAUCACGGCACCAGUCGUUUUACAGAUAUCAAAUUUAAGUUUCAGGGCCUGGAGUUGAGAAACAAGGAGAUCAACGAUCAUCUAAAAGUACGAUGUGCAGGGUUGCUCGAGACUGUACCUAAAUACUCCCCAGGCUUUGAAUACCUUGGACAUCGCGUCACAUAUUUGCAUCGUAGUGUCCGAGAAUACUUAGAACGUCCAGAUAUACAUCAGAGAUUCGCGGAACAUAGUAAUGGAAGAGGCUUUGAGCCCCACACUGCCCUUAUGUCUUCAUACAUAAAAGAACUUCAGAUCUCCGAACCUCGAAAAAACAUUUUAAACCAACCUUCGAGCCUUCCUUUAUUUUUGGCAACAGUCCUCCACUACGCCCAUGAUGCUGACAUUGCGGGGUCAAAUGCUUACGUUGAGCCAUUAGAUAAAUUUGCGACUUUAACGCACAGUGCGAGGUGUAAAAGCAUCAUUUGGGCGCCGGCAAAGUUCUCUUCCUUUCUACACAUCGCGACCAAAUGGGAUCUUUGUGCAUACGUCAGAGUUCUCUUAGAGAGACUCACCUCCGAAACGAAAGGAAUUGUUGCUCACACCUUGUUGGCAUAUGCGCUUGCGGGAACAGAUGAAUACUACGUGCAUGGUAUGGAGCAGAUGGACAACUCGGAUUAUCGGCGAGAUCGAUUUCCUCCUAGCAAUCGCAUGAUAGAAUUACUGUUGCAAUAUGGAGCGCAGCCUAACAAAAAGCUGAAAGACUUUCCAGCCCUUCGUGAAUGGACUGCGUUUGAGAUAGCUGUUCGUAAUGUUUGCGCAAUCCUACCGCCUGUGGAUACGGAAGAAAGUGAAAAUCGGCAAUAUUCUGAGGAGGAGAAAUCUUUGGUCUCAAACCAUUUGGCAAUUGUUAAACUCAUGCUAGACAAUGGGGCAGAUGCGAAUACGACCCUAACUCACCAAGGACGAACAAUUACCUCAAGAAAGUUGUUGACUGAGACAAUGGGAAAGUAUUGGAGAAGUCAAGAGUGGAAAGUAGAUGAAAUGUUCAGGAUGAAAGGUGGUAAAUUGGAGCCAUCGAUGAUCAAGAAGUGGAUCAUGACGCGUGGGAAAUAUUGGGUUGGCAAAUAUUAA